AUUUGCUUACUUUAAGGCUCGCACAUAUAUGCCAAUUGGCAACGGCCAUUAUCACCUAGGGCCCAUAAAGAAGAUCCCCUUUCUUCUCCCUUUCUAUUUUCGUUUUUUUAAUUUCAUUUUCCAUUCUCUUCUGCAAUGUCGUCUAACAACAAAUCUCCCAUUUUUCCCUUCCCACAACCUCAACACUUCACUGACUAUGUAUUUGACCCUCAAGUCGACUACUUUCAGAAAAAUAUUUUGGAAGAAACGAGGAAGCACAAGAGCUUGUCAAGAUCCUUAGACGCGUUCCGUUUCAAGCCUCAAAAGCCCAUUUCCAAGGAGGACAUCUCCCGGAAAUUCAAGAAGAGCGGCGGCCGGAAACGGUGGUGGAAGAGCGCUCUGCUAUUCUUCAAGUGGAAUACGACCGCCGGCGCCCCCCCAGUCGCCAAAACCGAGGGUGAUUCCACCGAGCGUGGGGCCAACCGUAACCGUGCCCGCGUGAGAUCCGUGUAUGGGCCGGUGUACUACAUCAGCGAUAGUCGAAGUGGCUCCGGCGGGAAACCUUACCGUACCACCGGCCGGCCGUCGUCUACCCCGCUCGCCGGAACUUUGAGUCCUUCCGGUAAGGGUGAGGUGGAGAUACCGUACGUUAGUCUCAGGGAUCUUAACAUGGAGAAGCAGCAGUAUUAUAGGAUGCCUGCACCCUCUUCUACCUUACCAGUCUAUUUGGUCACCUAAAAUUUAGACUGCUAAUUAUUGUUGGAUUGAUUGCUGAGUUGAAUUAUAACGACUCUUUUUUCUCUUUUUUCCUUUUAAAAUUAUAUUUCCAAACGCAUAUUACUCGUAU